GUGUGGGUAUGAUCCUAUGAACAUCACCUCUGCAUGAAAAGAGUCCGAAGGGGGUUAAACUGUUCACUGAAGCUAAAACAUGGCAUACUGGAGUACCACAGUAGUCUAAGAUACUAUAGUUUAGUUGAAGUACAUCGAUAUUAUGCUGCCUGAAUUAAACACACGUUUUGUAUAAGUAGAGAUCAAGGCAAGCGAGUAAAAUAAGUUAUUUUUUUAUACAGUUAAAUAUAGUUUAAUAUGUGGUUAAGUUUCAUCUAUGGCGACAUUAUCCCUGUAAUGAGCUUUCACCGGAAACCUCUGCUGCACCGCCAAUUUACAAACGUCAUAAGUAAUAUUACAUCUUUUUGAUCCGAUACCAAGUAUUAUCAAGGCCAAUAUAGCCAAUACCGAUACUAGGGUGACCAGAUGACGAGGACAAAAAAAUCGGGACUAAAUAAAUAUUGAUAUCAACAUUUAGUCCGAUUGCCUGUACCAUGAAGCCGGUUUUAGUUUAGUUUGCCUCAACCCCAAGUUUUAGGUACCAUGAAAGUUGGAUGGCUUUUAGCGGUGUUCAUCGCCAUAGCAACUUACACUACACGGCUGACUUGCUCCGUAGCAGGUUUCGUUCUGGAGUACAGAUCGCUAACAGAUGCUGAACCAAUCAGCUGUGAGUAAAAUGACAUCUCUGACGCAAUCAAGUCACUCCCCGUGUCUCUUACAGCACACUUUACAGCCAAAACCUUAGAAAUCCACAAAAUCGACUCCUCGUGAUAAAUUAUUUAUGUGAUAAUCUAAAUGUAGAUUUUCAAUAGAUAGUGUUGUAUUUCAUUUAAAAUGUAAUUGCUUUUCAUUUACCCUUUUUAGCCAUAGCAAAAAAUAUCUUUGAAAAUAUAAACAUAAUAUAUUAGGCUAUCUAUAAAACAGCCAGUAAGAUGGAUUAAUAUGAUACCUGCAAAAAAAAAAAAAGAUUCGUUUUAAAAUCUUAAAAGCUCAAGAUUGUUAUGGAAAGGGAAAAUGCCACCCAAACCCCUUCUUUUUUUCAAGGACUUGAGAUGAACAUGCAGUAUUUUACUUGAAGUUAUAAUAAUAUAAGCAGUACACAAAAUAUGUCUUUAUAAAAACAAAUACGUCUUAUUAUUGCAUGCCAAUUUUUUGUAAUCUGUUUCAAAGCUGUUAUUCUGAUUACCCUAAAUAUAUUUUAUACAGUUUUAUUUCUUAAGGACAAUGGCAUUUUACCCAAAAUAAGGUUUUCUGGAUGUAUUUCUAUUGUGCAGUUCAAUAUUAAAUUAACCUGUCUAAUCACUUCAUUCCAAUAAGUUGUCAAUUUAGAGCACUCAUAUAGAAUUUGACUGUAAUGAGCCUUUUUUUCUCUCCAACAAUCCCCUUUUACCAUGCUAUUGUAUUUACUUUGAAUAACAGGUGUUAUAAAAAAAAAAUCUCAUUUGUAUCUUCCAAGCAUAUUCCCUCCAAACACGGGAUUGAGUGGUAUGGGAUGUAUUAGAUGAUAUUUCUUCCCAGUCUUGCUGACUCAUUUUUAUUUUUAAUUCAUCCUCCCGCCUACACUGGUGGCCAAAAGUUUGGAAUAAUGUACAGAUUUUGCUUUUAUGGAAAGAAAUUGGUACUUUUAUUCACCAAAGUGGCAUUCAACUGAUCACAAUGUAUAGUCAGGACAUUAAUAAUGUGAAUAUUACAUUUUGAAAAAAAAUGUGCAGCAAUGACAGCUUUGCAGAUCCUUGGCAUUCUAGCUGUCAGUUUGUCCAGAUACUCAGAUGACAUUUCACCCCACGCUUGCUGUAGCACUUGCCAUAGAUGUGACUGUCUUGUCUGGGCACUUCAUGCUGAACUCUUGAGCAGUGUAAAUGCAUUUAAAUUUUUUAUAUUCGCAUGUGGUUGCUUGCUGCAAACAUCACUCAUUCAUGUGUACGAGCACGUAAUCUAAUCUUAAAGUCAGGAUCAAAGCCUGAGUUGACAGAGAAAGUUGAUGAGCUGCAUCAUGGUACCAGUUUAGACUAAUUGGAUUGGUUUGAAUUUGUCAACCUGAAACCAAUCCUGAAACCCUGAGUUCGUUCAGCGAACUUCAUGGUAGAACUGUAAAGGCUAUACAUAUGUUGGUUAGAAUAAACAAAAUAAAAGAAAGAAACUACUACAUUAAUGAAUUACUCUAAAUUAGGUCAUGAUACAUGCUACUAUUACAUAAGAAAAUGUAACUGACAUCACUUGGCUUGUUCUAGGGUGUGUGAAUUCUGCAAUUUGUUUAACUUCACCUAUAAUGAGCGACAAUACUGACAUAACACCCAAUCCUCAACGUCACUUUGUUCACUCUUAAAGGAGUACAAAAACCUUUGUAAUGUUUAUGUAUGGUGCCACAGUUUGGACUUGUUUGCCUUGUCCUACCCACGGCUUCAGUAAAUGUUAUAUCACCCUCUUGUGGUCUCAACGCUGUUAUGCCAGAUUUCAGUAAACAGAAUGCCAAAUGACUGAAUUGGGAAGCACGCUAAUUAGGAUUCUUUAAAUGUCGGUUAAUGUUAAUAUAUUGAUGCCCCAAAAACACAUCAAUAAAAUAACUUGACAAUUAAUAAUCAAUAUAUCGAUAUUUUAAGACAUGCCUACUGGCCACAAAUCUUGUUUGAGGUUGUGUUCAUGGUUAAUAGUCUAUGGAUAUAUAAAAUAAAUUUUUUGUUUUUAGCUAUCACUUACAUGCAACACAGAAUACAAUAGGCUAUUUACAGUAAUUGGGUCAUUGAGAGUUGACCCAGUUGCAGGCAUUGUUGCGCUUGUGCUAUAUAGUGCCCAGAUCGCAAAAGCUUGUUGGUUGCCACGUACUGUGUAAAACUCCUUAAGAAUCAAAACAUUCAAUUGCUUCUUGAUAAUUUCACAUGCGAAGACUAGCCUUCUAUUAGGUAAGCCUGUUUUAUAUAGUGUCUGCGGGGCGGAGAGACGCGCAUCCGUGUAGGUUUAAUGGCAAGCUCACGCUGAGCCUUGACUGAUGUUAAAACAGAGCUGUUGUUUACUCUCUUCGGUAAAUAGUUCUCUUCUGUUUGUUUUUUUUCCUGUGUCAAAAAUGGUUUUCGAUGGUGACUGACAUAUACCGUCAUCCACAUGCUUGAAGUUUGACACUUGACUGCAGGUGUUCUGAUGUAGAAAUUUCUACCUCACACUGCCCCCUACAUCAAUCCCAGAAUCCUCUGCUGCAGCUAAACACUGGAUUGCAGCUGUGACGUCCCGCUGCUCCCAAAGAUCAGGGACGUCCACACUUACAGGAUCUCCACCUCACUCGGCUGUCUCUGUGGGUUUACCUAACUUCCUGUUUGCGUGUGGUUCACCGGCACGCUGACUUUUAGAAGCUGGGCGGAAACUCAUGGGAUACGAACAUGUCAGAAGUUGGAGAGCGUCGGCCAGUCAACACGGACUACGCCGUUUCCGUGCUGGAGCAACUCAAGUUCUUUUACGAGCAAAAGUUGUUGACUGACAUCACUCUGCUGGUAGAGGACAAUGAGUUCCCUUGCCAUAAGAUGGUGCUGGCCACCUGCAGCUCGUACUUCAGAGCCAUGUUUAUGAGCGGCCUCAGUGAGAGCAAACAGACACAUGUUCACCUGAGAAAUGUUGACCCUGUAACGCUCCAGACCAUCAUAACCUACGCUUACACUGGCAACCUGCUCAUCAAUGACAGCACUGUGGAGCCGCUCUAUGAGACGGCCUGUUUCCUUCAGGUGGAAGAUGUUUUACUGCAGUGUCGGGAUUACUUGGUCAAGAAAAUCACUGCUGAAAAUUGUGUCCGCAUGCUAAGCAUCGGUGACCUGUUCAGCUGCACUGAGCUGAAGCAAAGUGCGAAGCGCAUGGUGGAGCACAAAUUCCCUGUUGUCUACCGUCAGGAGGCCUUUCUGCAGCUCUCACAUGAGCUAUUGCUGGAUCUCCUGAGCAGCGAUAAUCUCAAUGUUGAGAAAGAGGAGACGGUACGUGAGGCGGCCAUGCUGUGGCUGGAAUACAACAUGGAAGCACGUUCUCAGUAUCUCUCCUCAGUCCUAAGCCAGAUUCGAAUUGACGCACUCUCUGAGGUGACCCAACGUGCCUGGUUCCAAGGUCUUCCACCAAAUGACAAGUCUGUGGUCGUGCAGGGCCUGUAUAAAUCUAUGCCAAAGUUCUUUAAGCCCAGACUGGGCAUGACCAAGGAAGAAAUGCUGAUUUUCGUAGAGACUGAACCACCAGCUGAAAGCCACCCAUUCAUGAUUGGUCCACGUCAUGCGGUCGUCUGUUAUAGCCCACAAGCGGAGAAGGUCUAUAAACUGAGUAGCCCGCCUGGAGACUUGCAGAAGGUUGGUACACUGGUCACCCCAGACAACGACGUGUUCAUUGCCGGUGGACAGAUACCAUUGAAAAGCACUCUGGCUAGUCACGGCAGCAAGAGUGGCAAGCUGCAGGCAGCCUACUGCUCUGUGGACAGUUUCUACUGGUUGGAUGCUCAGCAGAAUGCCUGGGUUGCCAAAACACCAAUGCUGUGCGCACGCACUAAGCCGUCACUAGUGUACUGUCAGGGUUUUAUCUACGCUAUUGGUGGUGAUAACGUGGGUGGUGAAUUGAAUAAGCGCACAGUGGAGCGAUACGAUUGCGAGCAAGACGAAUGGAGCAUGGCCAGCCCUCUUCCCUGCGCCUGGAGUUGGAGCACGGCGGUAAUGGCUCGCGACUGCAUCUAUGUCAUGACUCACGACCUCAUGUACUGUUACUUCCCUCGAGCGGACACUUGGGUGGAAAUGGCCAUGCGACAGACAAGUCGAUGCUUUGCUUCUGCGGCUGCAUUAGGAGAGCACAUCUUUUACAUUGGUGGUCUGCACGUGGUGGGCAACUCGGGCUUGCGUCUACCAACUAGCACCAUCGAUGGCUCUUCCGUUACGGUGGAAAUAUACGACGUCAACAAAAACGAAUGGCGUCUGGCUGCCAACAUCCCAGCCAAGCGGUACUCGGACCCCUGCGUGCGUGCGGUGGUGCUACUGAACACGCUGUGCAUUUUUAUACGUGAGACUCACUUAAACGAGCGGGCAAAAUAUGCUCUGUAUCAGUACGACCUGGAGCUCGAUCGCUGGUGCUUGAGGCAACCUGUGUCAGAGCGCGUGCUCUGGGACCUUGGUAAAGAUUUCCGUUGCGCCGUGGGUAAACUAUACCCAUCCUGCCUUGAGGAAUCUCCCUGGAAGCCGCCCACCUACCUCUUCUCCCCUGAAGGAGCCGAGGAGUUUGAGGUGGAUGAGGACAUGGUGUCGCUGCCUCGCCUAUAGUGAACACCAUCUAGUUGGAAACAAACCUGUAAUUUAUCCACUGUUCUGGAAUAAUGCUCUUAUAUUUAAUGGGACUUUGAAGUGUGAGUAAAGAUGAAUGAUGGACUUUCUUUUUUUCCCCCUCAAUAACUAGUAUGUUCUUGGAGAUCGGACAUUUAAUUGGAGUCUAAAACGUUAAAUUUGAAAAGGCUGAAAUGUAAUUUCUUCAGCACGCCACUACACAUGCAGUUUUGAUUCUUCUGAUGUCAUAGUGAGUUGUUUGCCCAAGGGCAUAUCUAUUUCUCCAAAAUAAUGGGUAGUCACUACAUUUUUUUAUUUUAUUUUAUAUAUAUAUAUUUUUUUAUUUUUUUUUUUUUAUUUCUGUGAUCAUUAAAAGUUUGGCAUUCUUUUUAACAAUUUGCUGUAAACAUUUGAAAAUGCGAUAAUUUCAAUUAAACCAACUUCAGUUGAUAAUGGCAACUGUACAAACCCUCAUCAUUUCUCUCCAUUCUGUUCAUGUUCCUCUUCUAGAAAUAAAGUAUUCAUCUACAUGUCAGCUGUAUAUGGGAGGGUCAAAGGUCAGUGAGUUUUGUACUAGGUGUCAUUUGACAUUCGGCUUGACCGCUGGUUCGGUGACUUGCUUGAAUGUUGUUAUACAUACCUCUGUAUCCUCAGUUACUUCACAUACUCUUAUUGGUUUAUCUGAUGACCAUCUGGCAUCAUUUGACCCUCAGAAGAUCAGGCCUCACAUUCACAACCACAAACACCCUAUGGAUGCCUUAAGAUGAUUUACAGCCUGGAUUCCUAGUUUAUUUACCACUGUCUUGUGGUCAUGAUUUUUAAAUGUUUGUUUUGUUUAAAGCUGCUUCUGUACUUUUGGGUGUUUAGACCUAUUCUUCAAGCCGUGGUUCAUUUGUAAAGGCCCCGAUAUACUUCCUAUGAAAUCGAAGAAUGAACAGGUGUGAACAAAAUCACAAAAAAAGGUGUUCUUGUGUUUGUUUCGGUGGUUCGUAAUAGCUCGCCUGGGCAAACUUUCAGAAAACGUGUUACCGGUUGCUAAACACCUUACUGUCAUUGGUCCACAUCAACAGUAGGUGUGAACUGGAGCUCCACCUACCUUGAGGCCCAUAGAUAAUUCUGUUGAUAUUGUUCAGUCAGUCAAGAUCAGUCAACAUGCACACACCAGUGUACAAUUAUUAGCAAGCUGGUGCAAAUUUAGCUACAUCUGUACGAUCGUUCGCAUAGAGACAUUUUCCAAGAACUUUUUGUUUUUGUUUAAUUGGUCUACAAAAGGACUCAAAUACUCUCAAGUGCCCAUUCAUCAUGUAUCAUCUGCAGCGAAAGCCAUUCACACAUCUGCCCAAAGUAAGAUAUGCCUCUCUUAUUCUUUUAUCUGUAUUUUACCCAUUAAGACUCUUUUAUACACCCAUCUUUGCAGUAGUAUCAGUGUCAUCAUAAAUUACAAUAACAGAGUGUAAUUGGCGCAUAUUACGGCCGUGUAUAGCAUGUUAGCUCAAUAGCUCCAUGAAUUCAGAAUUUAAACAAGACAAAUUAAGCGUUAUCUACUGUGUGUGUGUAAUAUAUAUAUAUAUAUGAGAGAGAGAGAGAGAGAGAGAGAGAUUACUUUAAAUCAUUAUCAAGUUGUUAAAACAGCUUCUGUUACUGAUCUCAUAUAAAUUCUACUCAUAGAAUGAGGCAUAAAGUCAUUGAUAACACAUUUUAAUGUCAUAUUGAUGUCUUGAGCAUCCUCUUAUUUAAAUGUACAGUUUAGUCUUAGGUCAGUUAGGAUCACUAUUUUAAGAAUGUGAUAAGUCAGAAGUUUACAUACACUUUGUUAGUAUUUGGUAGCAUUGCCUUUGUUUUUCCUUGCUGAGCAGCCUUUCAGGUUAUAGGACUCAUUUUACUGUGGAUAUAGAUACUAGUCUACCUGUUUCCUCCAGCAUCUUCACAAUGUCCUUUGCAGUUGUUCUGGGAUUGAUUUGCACUUUUUGCACCAAACUACAUUCAUCCCUAGGAGACCGAAUGCAUCUCCUUCCUGAUCGGUAUGAUGGCUGCGUGGUCCCAUGGUGUUUAUACUCGCGUACUAUUGUUUGUACAGAUGAAUGUGGUAACUUCAGGCAUUUGGAAAUUGUUCCCAAGGAUGAACCAGACUUUUUUUUUCUGAGGUCUUGGCUGAUUUUCCCAUGAUGUCAAACAAAGAGGCACUGAGUCUGAAUGGAGGCAAUCCACAGGUACAUCUCCAAUUGACUCCAAUUAGCCAGUUAACCUGUCAGAAGCUAAUUGCCUAAAGGCUUGACAUUUUCUGGAAUUUUCCAAGCUGCUUAAAGGCACAGUUAACUUCUGACCCACUGGAAUUGUGAUAUAUUCAAUUAAAAGUGAAACAUUCUGUCUGCAAACAAUUGUUGGAAAAAUUACUAAACGACUUGCCAAAACUAUAGUUUGCCAAUAUGAAAUCUGUGGAGUCAUUAAAAAAAAGGUUUUAAUGACUUCAACCUAAGUGUAUGUAAACUUCUGACUUAAACUGUAUCUCUAAACGCCUCCCACCAUGGUGCGGUGUGUGUCUGAAUGUUCGCAAACAGUAUACCGUUGCUCGGCUGUUUCGAACUUCUUUUACGCCUGAACGAAGAACGCAGAAGAACUUUUCUGGAAGUAAAUUGGGGCCUCAAAGGAUGAUCUUGAUUGGUUUGUUUCUCAAGAUGGGCAUCACUCUCAUCUGCGAGUUUGUUUAGGUUUGUUCUUCUCUACGGCACAAGUACUUUUGUUUUCCAUCAAGUGUUACUUUGGUUUGUUUUAAAACUGUUAUGCUUGGAUCCUGAAAGUGUGAAACUGAAUUGAAACAGGUUAAAGUUAAUAAAACAAGCUACACUAUUAAUCGA